AUGGAGAAAGUUUCCUUCAGCCAGAGCCACAGAAGGGAUCUCUCCUCUCGAACCUACUCGGCAGCCAAGGAGUUGGCAGUCGCACAGCUCUUGUCUUCAGCUGCUCCUACGGCUGCGCAUCAGCAGGCGAAGUUGCGAGUCGCAGUGAAGCAUGCAUCCAUCCUAACGGGCAACGAGACUCAAGCUGAUUCUGAAGGAGAGCAGAACAAGGAGACAUUCACAGACAACAGCGAGGGGAGCUUAACGCCAGGAUGGAACAAAAACAUGUGGACAAGCGGAGACUGGGCCUCGUGGGUCAUCACGGGUCCGUUCGUCUCCAUCGCCUUCUCCUUCUUCAUGUUCUACACCUACGGAGUUCCUGCCGGCGUCCUGACGCUUCUCAUCUGCGGAGGAAUCGACGUCGCCACCUUCUACUACAACUGGUAG